UAAUUUAGUAAAUAUUAUUGAAAAUUAAAAACUUUUUAUGAGUCAGAGAACUUUGGCAACAGAUAAGAAGGAAAGUGAAGAAAACUAUAGUCCUGAUAGGACAAGAGUUGAAGUAGACUCUACAGACCCUGUGGUCUUGUACCAAGCUUCAAGACUCAUGAGACUUAAAUAAGUGGUUUGAAGGAUUCAAACGCAGAAGAAGAGAACAUGAGAGGGAUAUCUGAAGGAGAUUUAGAGAAAUUCAAAGUAAGGAGCUCACUCAAUCUGAAGAUUUAUCCAAUUUAGCAGAUUUGCAAGAUUUCACUGAGCCUAGUCCUUUUAAAAUUAAUUUACAGCUUUAAUUCAGUUAUUUUGGAUAAAAUA